AUGUCGCAGCUGCAGGCGGCGGCGUCGUCAUCCAGUGGAGCUCCUACUACCCCUGCACUUGAAGCCGACCUCGAGGGGAAGCUCCUCCUGCACGACGACAACGUGUCGCCACUGGCAGCGCCGCCGCAGAUCAAGCGAGGGGAACGGCGCCAGCCUCGUGAGGGCGGCGCCGACGUCGUCGGUGACCAACGCGAGAGGUUCCUUCGCGCGUACGACCGCCUACGGGACGAGCUCCUCGACGACGACUCGUGCGAGCUCACCGACGAGGCCAGGCGCUGGGUCGCGCAGAUGAUUGACUACAACGUGCCUGGAGGGAAACUGAAUCGAGGUCUGUCAGUGGUGGAUAGUUACUUGCUGUUGAAACAAGGAAGCGAGGUUGCUGAAGAUGAAUUCUUCCUCGCUUGUGUUCUUGGCUGGUGUGUCGAGUGGUUUCAAGCAUGUGCAUUGCUACUUGAUGAUAUCAUGGAUGAUUCUCAUACAAGGAGAGAUCAGAUUUGUUGGUACCGACGGCCUGAGGUUGGUCUUCAUGGCAUAAACGACGGUAUUGUACUGAAAUGCCACAUCGCACGCUUGAUAAAAAAGUACUUUAGAGAAAAGCCUUACUACAUAGACAUCUGUGAACUAUGGAACGAGAUAGCAUUGCAGACUUCGCUUGGACAGAUGCUUGAUCUUAUCAGCACACAUAAUGUGGCGAAUGACGUUGCAAAAUACAAUAUUGAAGUGUACCGUCGUAUUGUCAAGUACAAGACAUCUUACUACUCUUUUUAUCUUCCUGUGGCUUGUGCAUUGCUGUUGUAUGGCGCAAAACUUGAAAACUUCAGUGGCCUAAGGGAUGAUGAUUAUUUGGAUUGCUUUGCAGAUCCUAAUACAAUAGGGAAGAAAAACUAUGGAAAGAAGGAUUCAACUUCGGUUUCAAAAGUGAAAAACACUUAUUCUACUCUUGAUUUGAAGGACAUCUUCUCUGAGUUCGAAGAUCGAGCUUACAAACACUUGGUCACAUCUAUUGAAGCUCAAAAUGAUCGCGCGGUGCAGGAGAUCCUGAAAUCCUUUCUGAAGAAAAUCCAUCGCCGGAAGAAGUAG